CAAUUUCAGUGCUGGUCUUUUUGUUGUUUUUUGUAAUCUCUUGGGCACCAUGUUGAAUUAUUUUAUUUGUUUAUAGGCUGAGAAAGAAGAGAGGCAGAUUUAUUAGGUAAAUACUGUGUUCUCAUCUAGCAAAAACUCAACAUUGCCAUGUACGGAGAAGUAAUUUCCUUGCUAUUUAAAUAGUUUCAAGCAUGGAAAAUGUUGAGAAGCUUCCCAAUUUAUGUAAAAAGUUAAAAAAUAAAUGAUAGCAAACUCUGACAAAUAGAGAACAUCUCCCACCCCCUCCAACUAUAAACCAGUCACACCUAAGAAUGUAGGGAAAAAGUCCUAAAUAAACAAACAAAAGUAAAAAAGAAAAUGUUAUAAGAAUAAUGAAACUAGGCACAGUGGCUCAUGCCUGUAAUUGCAGCACUUUGGGAGGCCAAGGCUGGAGGAUCACUUGAGGCCAGGAGCUACAGACCAGUCUGGACUUCAUACUGAGACCCCUGUCUCUGCCAGAAAAAAAAAAUCACAACCAUUAUUUGACAUUCUAGAAUUGCUUACCUACAUAAUUAGUCAAGAAAGGAAAUAAAUGUAAGUAUUGGAAAAAGUGGGGUUGAAACUAUACUUCUUUUCAAAUUAUAUGAUUAGCUCUCUGGAAAACCCAAGAGAAUCAACUGAAAGUCCAACUAAAACGAAGUAAGGUUUAUUUCAGAAAUAUAAGAAUUGUUUAAUGUUGGAAAAUACAUUAGUAUGACUGAUCAAAUCAAUAGGUCAAAGGAUUAAAAACUUAAUGAUUAUCUUGAAAGAUGCUGGCAAUACAUAUGAUAAUUUUCAUUUUUUUUCUUUUUCUUUCUUUUUUUUUUUUUGAGACAGGUUGGAGUGUAGUGAUGUGAUCGUAGCUUACUGCAGCCUCAACCUCCUGGGCUCAAGUGAUCCUCCCAUCUCAGCCUCCUGAGUAGCUGAGUCUACAGGUGUGGACCACCACACCCAACUAAUUUUUUUUUUUUUUUUGGUAGAAAUAAUGUCUCCCUUUGUUGCCCAGGCUAAUCUUGAACUCUUAGCCUCAACAGAUCUUCCCACUUUGGCUUCGCAGAGCAUUGGGAUUACAGGUAUGAGCCACUGACCUUGACUGCAUUUGGCAAUUAUCAAUAUCUAUUCCAGAUAAAAAUACUUAAUAACCUGAUGGAGAAAUAUUGACCAGAACCCCUUUAAAGAUGGUCAGUAUCACAACUACUAUUUGACAUUCUAGAAUUGCUCACCUACCUAAUUAGUCAAGAAAGGAAAUAAAUGUAAGUAUUGGAAAAAGAGGGGUUUAAACUGUACUUCUUUUCAAAUUAUAUGAUUAGCUCUCUGGAAAACCCAAGAGAAUCAACUGAAAGUCCAUCAGAACUAGAAAGUAAGUUUAAUAAACUGGAUAGUUAUAAAUACACAUAUGAAAAUCAAAUAGCUUUCCAACAUACGGUUAAUAACUACUUAGAAAAUAUUAUAAAAAGAUCCCAUUCACUAGUAAUAAAAUGACAAAAUAUCUGGAAAUAAGCUUAUUAAGAAAACUGUAGCUUUUUUCGCAACGGGUUUGCCGCCAGAACACAGGUGUCGUGAAAACUAUCCCUAAAAGCCAAAAUGGGAAAGGAAAAGACUCAUAUCAACAUUGUCGUCACUGGACACGUAGAUUCGGGCAAGUCCACCACUACUGGCCAUCUGAUCUAUAAAUGUGGUGGCAUCGACAAAAGAACCAUUGAAAAAUUUGAGAAGGAGGCUGCUGAGAUGGGAAAGGGCUCCUUCAAGUAUGCCUGGGUCUUGGAUAAACUGAAAGCUGAGCGUGAACGUGGUAUCACCAUUGAUAUCUCCUUGUGGAAAUUUGAGACCAGCAAGUACUAUGUGACUAUCAUUGAUGCCCCAGGACACAGAGACUUCAUCAAAAACAUGAUUACAGGGACAUCUCAGGCUGACUGUGCUGUCCUGAUUGUUGCUGCUGGUGUUGGUAAAUUUGAAGCUGGUAUCUCCAAGAAUGGGCAGACCCGAGAGCAUGCCCUUCUGGCUUACACACUGGGUGUGAAACAACUAAUUGUUGGUGUUAACAAAAUGGAUUCCACUGAGCCACCCUACAGCCAGAAGAGAUAUGAGGAAAUUGUUAAGGAAGUCAGCACUUACAUUAAGAAAAUUGGCUACAACCCCGACACAGUAGCAUUUGUGCCAAUUUCUGGUUGGAAUGGUGACAACAUGCUGGAGCCAAGUGCUAACAUGCCUUGGUUCAAGGGAUGGAAAGUCACCCGUAAGGAUGGCAAUGCCAGUGGAACCACGCUGCUUGAGGCUCUGGACUGCAUCCUACCACCAACUCGUCCAACUGACAAGCCCUUGCGCCUGCCUCUCCAGGAUGUCUACAAAAUUGGUGGAAUUGGUACUGUUCCUGUUGGCCGAGUGGAGACUGGUGUUCUCAAACCCGGUAUGGUGGUCACCUUUGCUCCAGUCAACGUUACAACAGAAGUAAAAUCUGUCAAAAUGCACCAUGAAGCUUUGAGUGAAGCUCUUCCUGGGGACAAUGUGGGCUUCAAUGUCAAGAAUGUGUCUGUCAAGGAUGUUCGUCGUGGCAACGUUGCUGGUGACAGCAAAAAUGACCCACCAAUGGAAGCAGCUGGCUUCACUGCUCAGGUGAUUAUCCUGAACCAUCCAGGCCAAAUUAGCGCUGGCUAUGCCCCUGUAUUGGAUUGCCACACGGCUCACAUUGCAUGCAAGUUUGCUGAGCUGAAGGAAAAGAUUGAUCGCCGUUCUGGUAAAAAGCUGGAAGAUGGCCCUAAAUUCUUGAAGUCUGGUGAUGCUGCCAUUGUUGAUAUGGUUCCUGGCAAGCCCAUGUGUGUUGAGAGCUUCUCAGACUAUCCACCUUUGGGUCGCUUUGCUGUUCGUGAUAUGAGACAGACAGUUGCGGUGGGUGUCAUCAAAACAGUGGACAAGAAGGCUGCUGGAGCUGGCAAGGUCACCAAGUCUGCCCAGAAAGCUCAGAAGGCUAAAUGAAUAUUAUCCCUAAUACCUGCCACCCCACUCUUAAUCAGUGGUGGAAGAACGGUCUCAGAACUGUUUGUUUCAAUUGGCCAUUUAAGUUUAGUAGUAAAAGACUGGUUAAUGAUAACAAUGCAUCGUAAAACCUUCAGAAGGAAAGGAGAAUGUUUUGUGGACCACUUUGGUUUUCUUUUUUGCGUGUGGCAGUUUUAAGUUAUUAGUUUUUAAAAUCAGUACUUUUUAAUGGAAACAACUUGACCAAAAAUUUGUCACAGAAUUUUGAGACCCAUUAAAAAAGUUUAAUGAGAAAAAAAAAAAGAAAA